CAUUUGAAAAUUUGUCAUUUGUUUUUCUCAAAAGGAAAGAAAAGGGACAUUUUUCUGAUCCUUUCUAUUUCCCUCUCUACUCUCAACGUCUAAAAACAAACUGAAAAUAAUGGCGAGGAGACCCGACGACGAAUACGAUUACUUGUUUAAGGUCGUAUUGAUCGGCGAUUCUGGUGUAGGUAAAUCUAACUUGCUUUCAAGAUUUACUCGGAACGAGUUUUGCUUAGAAUCUAAAUCUACCAUCGGAGUCGAAUUCGCCACCCGCACUCUCCAAGUUGAGGGUAGGACUGUGAAAGCUCAAAUAUGGGACACUGCUGGUCAGGAACGGUAUAGAGCAAUAACCAGUGCCUACUAUAGGGGCGCCCUUGGAGCUCUUCUGGUCUACGAUGUAACUAAGCCGACAACAUUCGAAAAUGUGAACCGAUGGUUGAAGGAACUCCGGGACCAUGCGGAUCCGAAUAUUGUGAUCAUGUUGAUUGGGAACAAGACUGAUCUGAAGCAUCUGCGAGCAGUUUCUACAGAGGAUGCUCAAACCUAUGCAGAGAAAGAAGGUCUUUCGUUCAUCGAGACAUCCGCUCUGGACGCAACGAAUGUCGAGAAAGCUUUCCAGACCAUUCUGUCCGAAAUAUACCGGAUCAUUAGUAAGAAGUCACUCUCUUCAGAUGAGCCAGCACCUACUAGUAUAAAAGAAGGAAAGGCCCUUGUUGUGGGAGCACCGGAAGCCUACUCUAAAAAGGCUUGUUGCUCAUCUUGAACAUCAUCUUUGUUCAUCACAUUAUCAUUCUUCUUUUCUUGUAUUAAAUUUUUGUUUCUUUUUACCGAAGUUGAGGGUUCUGUUGUCAGAUCCUUUUCGUAUUAUUACUACUAUUUCAUUUUGUAUUGUUUACGCAUAUUUGACUAUUCAUGUUUUUCCUUUUAUUAAUUUUAUUCUGUUGCAAGUUGGU